AAGGACACAUCUCUCUCUAUAUAUACCCCUUCUCGUCCUUUUUAUCUCAUUUGGCUUCAGCUGCCAUCCGUUCUUCUUCCUUAGUUAACAUAUCUCUUUGACCCUUUCUCUCUCUCUCUCUCUUGUCAAAUCCAUGCAGAUCAGCGCAAGUCUUCCCGCCCAGAACCUCCACCUUGUUGAGGGUUUCAGAUACCGGCAAUCUCCGUUGAAUCCUUCAAGGAAACCCACUUCUGCGUCAAUGACUCAAUCUCUGAAGCCGCCGGUUACUUCAACUGAGUCUGAGUCGUCUACUAAGAAACACAUAGCCAAUCUUGAAAAACUUCUUCGAAAACAUUCUAUUCCGGAGCUGAACCAACCUGAACCUGUGCAACCAGUUCAUAAAGUUUCGAAUGGGAAUAAUAAUAGAUCGACAUUAGCAAACAAAGGUAAAGCUUUACUUGAACGCCUCAACUUGGCCAGGAUAUGGCCUGAAAUGAGAGCGGCUGAGGAAAUGUCGCCCAGACAUCUAAACAGGCUUCAGCGGCUGUUGUCCAAAACGGAAGAAUAUUCUCCGAGGAAUAAUCUCGGUUCCCGGUGGCGAGAGUAUCAUGGUAGCAAUGAUUGGACAGGGCUUCUUGAUCCGCUGGAUGAGAACCUCCGGCGAGAGGUUGUGAGAUAUGGAGAGUUCGUGCAAGCAGCCUACCAUGCUUUCCAUUCGAAUCCUGCCAUGUCAUCAGAGGAAGCUCCUUUGCCCAGACAUGUAGCUUUGCCUGAUAGGUCAUAUAAGGUGACAAAGAGCCUUUACGCUACAUCCUCCAUCGGUUUGCCUAAAUGGGUAGACGACGUAGCACCGGAUCUCGGUUGGAUGACCCAACGAUCGAGUUGGGUCGGGUACGUGGCCAUAUGUGAUGACAAAAGGGAGAUCCAGAGGAUGGGAAGAAGGGAUAUACUGAUUGCAUUACGCGGCACAUCCACGUGUCUUGAAUGGGCCGAGAACAUGAGAGCCCAUUUAGUUGAUAUGCCCGGAAAUCACGACCCUAUCCAUGGACAACCGAAGGUGGAGUGUGGAUUCUUGAGCCUACACAAAACCGGUGGAGCUCAUGUGCCAUGUCUAGCCGAAUCAGUGAUGGAAGAGGUAAAAAGGCUCAUGGAACAAUACAAGGGUGAGACCCUAAGCAUUACAGUGACAGGCCACAGCCUAGGGGCAGCCUUGGCCCUAUUAGUAGCAGAUGAUUUAAGUACGCAAGCCUCUGAAAUGCCACCGAUUGCAGUAUUUUCCUUCGGUGGACCUAGGGUUGGUAAUAGGGGAUUUGCAAACCAAAUUAAUGCAAAAAAUGUUAAGGUCUUACGUAUUGUGAACAAUCAAGAUGUUAUCACUAAGGUUCCUGGCUUGCCUAUGGUUGCAGAAAUAAAUGAGGACUUGCCAUUGGCAUACUCACAUGUGGGAAUUGAACUACGUGUCGAUACAAAAAUGUCACCUUACUUAAAGCCGAAUGCUGACGUGGCAUGCUGCCAUGACUUGGAGGCAUAUCUUCAUUUAGUGGAUGGGUUUUUGGCUUCAAAUUGCCCUUUCAGAGCUAAUGCAAAGAGAAGUUUAGUGAAAUUACUUAAUGAUCAGAGGUCUAAUGUGAAGAAAUUGUAUACAGCCAAAGCCCAUGCUCUGAGUUUGAAUCUUGAUAGACAAGGAUUCUCUAGUGCUGGUUGUUUGCCUAGUCCAUCUCAAUAAAAUUUUAUUUUUUUAUUAAAAAAAAAGUUAAUAAAAAAUGAAAAAAUCAAAUGACAAUACACUUCUUGUAUAAUAUGCUGAAGUUGUUAUAUAUAGUUAUGUUUCAUAUACCACACCAAAA